AUGAAGAUGGUCUUACAGCUGGUAACAGAAGGCUGCCCUGGGAAACUGUACUCCACCUUUCCAUCAAAAAGGCUUCAAUCUGAUGAUGAGGAUGAGGAUGAGGCUGAGGAUGAGGCUGAGGCUGAGGGUGAGGAUGAGGGUGAGGCUGAGGGUGAGGAUGAGGGUGAGGCUGAGGGUGAGGAUGAGGGUGAGGCUGAGGGUGAGGAUGAGGGUGAGGCUGAGGGUGAGGAUGAGGGUGAGGCUGAGGGUGAGGAUGAGGGUGAGGCUGAGGGUGAGGAUGAGGGUGAGGCUGAGGGUGAGGAUGAGGGUGAGGCUGAGGGUGAGGAUGAGGGUGAGGCUGAGGGUGAGGAUGAGGGUGAGGCUGAGGGGGAGGAUGAGGGUGAGGCUGAGGGUGAGGAUGAGGGUGAGGCUGAGGGUGAGGGUGAGACUGAGGAUGAGGCUGAGGAUGAGGGUGAGGAUGAGGAUGAGACUGAGGAUGAGGCUGAGGAUGAGGGUGAGGAUGAGGAUGAGACUGAGGGUGAGGCUGGAGUGGGGCUGUCCCCAGAGGCGGGGGCGGCUGAGGGGAAUUUAAAAAUCGUAAUUAAAACACAAGGGUGA